GUGACACAAUCCAAAGCAAACAUUUUUACAAAACAAACAAAAAAUCUGAACACAAUUUGUCUGGUACAUUUCCAAUCAAGUGAAUGACAUCUUUAGAAGAGUGGCAAAAAUAUAACUCACUUCAAUGUCUGACUUACAUUAUAAUUAUGUCCCUAAGCUUUUAGUGAAAUUUGGAGUAACUCAUUAAUCUGCUGUUUGACCUCUUCUGUUAAAGGACAGAACCAUGGUUCAUUUAGAGUAAUGGACAUUAAAGCAGCAGAAAGACCAAACAAAUCCUCUGCUGGUCAAAUAUGGUACUGCGUACUCUGCCAAAACCAGUCAAACAUUGCUGCGCACUAUUAAGCAAUGAUUUAUAUGUUAAACAUCCCAUUUUGACACAUUAAUAUAUUUAAAUACAGGCUACAAACAUGCAUUAGAGCCAUGUAAGACAAUACUUCAAAAACUAAAACGCACAUGAAUGGUAUGGAGAAACUUUCAGAAUAUUGGCUAUAAAUUUAAAGAAUUACUUCCACAUGAAGCUCCAACUGUGAGAGUUAAUAACUUGGUGACUAUCGGUAAAUGUCUGAAGUUUGGAGAAGUGAAACAGCGGGGAAAAGCAGAAGUUUAACAUCAUUUGAAUAUGAUCUACAGUUUCAUAAGUAAACAACCACAUCUAAGCCAACAUCCACAGCGGACGGAAAGAUGAAGCCUUCGGGCUGGUGGCUGGUGUCUAUUUAUGUCACAUGUUUCCACCCGUCUUUCAUUUUGGCCAUUAAGCGGAUCAUAGUGAAUUACUCAUCGCAGAACCUGUCCUCAGUUCCCCCCGGCCUCAAACCGUCUACGGAGGACUUGGAUCUGUCGCUGAAUCGCAUCCAGGCGCUGAGCGGCAAAGACUUUCUCACGACACCACAACUCCACUUCCUCAAUCUGUCCUGGAAUAUACUGGAGAAAAUAGACACAGAUACAUUUAACUCUACGCCGGCUUUGGAGAUCUUGGAUCUGUCACACAACAGACUCCAGAACCUCUCAGACCAACCGUACCUGCUUAAGACGGGACGUCUGCAGUUCUUAGACUUGUCGUCCAACUUGUUUUCCGUCAUGGCACUAGGAAGGGAAUUUUCCACCUUGAAAUGCCUGCAGUGGUUGGGCUUGAGUGCCAAAUCCAUCAGCAACCAAGACUUUACUUACAUCACUAAUCUUACCCUGAAAACGCUCUUUAUUAAUGCACACGGGCUACAGACGUAUAAAGAGAGCAGUCUUACAGGUGUACAUGCAGAGAAGGCCAUCAUUGCCCUGUCUAAGAGUAACCUCGAUAAUGCAAUCGCUGUUGAUGUUUUUGCGGCAUUUAAAGAGGUCGAAUUCACCAUGGUGGACAGUGGGAUGAAGGUCAUCCAGCAGUUGCACCAUCGAGGAAUCGUACGCACCGUUAGCUUGGAAUUCUCCAAGGUGGAAACCACUUGGCAUGUUCUAACAAAAUGCGUAAACACAAUAUUGCAGUCGUCGAUUCAACAGCUUUCGUUCUCAGACCUCACGAUGACAGAAAUGGAAGACGGCAUGCCGUUGGUCACGAGCCGCCUGUUGGAUUCCUUUUCUACAACACGAGCGUCCGUAACCGAAUUCAUCUUCAAUCAAAAAGAGCUUUAUGACUUUUUCAUAAACAUGCCCGCAAGAAACGUCAGUUUAACCCAAACACCCAUCAUCUUCAUGACCUGUCCUUUGACCGUUAACAAGAUUGAGGUCUUGGAUUUGUCCAACUGCGCUCUUACAGAAAACGUCUUCUCGGUUGAUCCAGAUACAGAAUGUAGUACGUUGACCAACCUGGUCAAGUUGGUUCUGAGAGGCAACAACUUGAAACACCUCGGACCGCUGACCUCAAGAAUCCAUCUCAUGGAUUCGCUUCAAUACGUCGACCUCAGUCAAAACAAACUUACCUAUUCGGAGGAACAAGGCAAGUGCGCUUGGCCUUCCAAAGUUGUCCAACUGGAUUUGUCUUCGAAUGGGUUCGACCAGAGCGUCUUCAAGUGUUUGCCUGAUUCGGUACGAAUCCUAAAACUUCGGAAUAACCGAGUGAUCACGGUUCCUGCAGAUGUUCGAGCUUUGGAUGACUUGAACGUCCUUGACCUUAUGGACAACCGUUUGCUGGAUCUUCCCACCUGUCAAGCAUUCCCAAACCUGCAGAAGCUUUCGGUAAGAUCCAACUCCCUCCAUUCGCCUUUACCGAGAGCCCUUGAGACUUGUCCGCAUCUCAAAGAUCUGGACUUGAGUCGCAACCCCUUCAUCUGCACAUGUGCAUUGCGCAAAUUCGCCGCUCUCAUCAAAGACAAAGCGACACGUCCGAAAGGAGAAACUCCUGGUUUGACUCUCGGCCACUGGCCGGCAGGAUACCGAUGCAGUUACCCAGAAUCACGGAGCAACACCUUACUGGAAGACUUCUACCUUCCUGAGAUCUCCUGCAACCCCUUAAUCCUGGCUAUUACUAUUCUGAUCCCGACAAUCACUUUGGUAAUCGCCAUUAGCCUUAUUUGCCAUCGGCUGGAUGUGCCAUGGUACGUAAAGAUGAUAUGGAAGUGGACACGUGCUAAGCACCACGCAAUCACUUCCCAAAGGAAAGCAGAGGACUUGGAGGGGUUGCGCUUUCACGCGUUUGUAUCAUACAGCCAAAAGAACGCAGACUGGGUCAAAUCUCAAUUUCUUCCCAAGCUCGAAGGCGACUACUGCUUGCGAGUGUGUCACCACGAGCGGGACUUCAUCCCGGGAAAGACGAUCGUCCAGAACAUCCUCCGAUGCAUCGAGCAGAGCCGAAGGUGCGUCUUCGUGCUCUCCUCCCAUUUCGUCCAGAGCGAAUGGUGCCACUACGAACUCUACUUCGCCAAUCACCAGCGGGUGACACGAGGGAUGGACAGCAUCAUUCUCAUUCUGCUGGAACCUCUGCCGUUGUAUCUCAUUCCUUCCAAGUACUACCAGCUCAAGUCUAUGAUGUCCAGACGCACUUACCUGGAGUGGCCACCAGAGGGAGCCAAGCAGAAACUCUUCUGGGCAAAUCUCAGAGCAGCUCUGCAGACCGACCUUCCCAUUACAUCAGAGAGAGAAGAGUGAUUAGAGGAAUUUUACUAAUCAAUUCAAAGAUUGUUAAGCA